AUGGCGGGAGCAUCAGGACAUGGAUUAUUCAGUUCGAGCACUCGAGAAGGCCGAACGCUUGGUAAACUGGAUAAUUUGUCGGCCGACACACUCUCACUUGUAGAAAAGACUGCUUUGGUUACAGGUUCUGGCAGAGAGACUGGCAUCGGUGCCGCUAUUGCCAGAGCUUUGGCCCGGAACGGCGCGUCUGUAGCAAUUCAUUAUGUGUCGGAAGGCUCCAAGGCGCGGGCUGAGAAGGUAGCGAUUGACGUCAAUAGAGAGUUUAGCACCACAACCACCGUCGUACAAGGAGGAGUGGAAAAUUACGAUACUGCAAAGAACAUGGUUGAGCAAAUUCCGAAAGCAUUUAGCGUCGAUCACAUCGAUAUUCUCGGUAUGUCAUGGGCGGCGUGA